UCGUGAUAGUUGUGGAUGCGUCUGUCUGGAGCUCUGCAGAAGAAGAGGACUACAGAGAUCUCCUACAAAGAGAUCGUUAAGAAACAGCACCACGACGACACUGCUGCCAAACAGAUAGAGAAGGACCUAUUGCGGACCAUGCCCUCCAACGCGUGUUUCUGCAGCCUGCAGAGUGUGGGUGUUCCCAGGCUGAGGCGGGUACUGCGGGGCCUGGCAUGGCUCUAUCCAGACAUUCGGCUACUGCGACAGGGCACAGCAUGGUAAGUGGUGUCAUGUCUGCUGCUGUUCCUGGAGGAGGAGGACGUGCUGUGGAUGAUGUGUGCCCUGAUCGAGGACCUGYUGCCACCCUCCUACUUCUCCUCCACCCUGCUGGGGGUCCAGACAGACCAGAGGGUCCUCAGACAGCUCAUAGUCCAGUACCUACCAAGCCUGGACAGGCUUCUGCAGGAGCACGACAUCGAGUUGUCUCUGAUCACGCUGCACUGGUUCCUGACAUCGUUUGCCAGUGUGGUGGACAUCCGCAUCCUGCUGAGGAUCUGGGACCUGCUGUUCUACCAGGGCUCUGUGGUCCUCUUCCAGGUCACACUGGGCAUGCUCAAGAUCAAGGAGGAGGAGCUGGUGUCCUCUGAGAACUCCUGCGUUCCAGUCCUAUCUCAAUACCGCACGUGGUCUGAAUUUGCCCUAGCCAGACUGGGUAAAUGGAGACAAGGUGACGGUGCUGCAGCUGGGGAGGCCAUGAGGCUGCGGGGCCCUGUCCCAGGACACGCGGAGGCCCAGAGGAACAAACACCUGGCCUACAUCCUCAAUGAGCAGGCCCAGCUCAACACCAACAAAUCCCACACACUCAACACCAACCUCCUAUACUGUCUGAACCCCCGACACACCAGCACUGACCUGACUCCAGACUACUCCAUGGAGAGCCACCAGAGAGACCACGAGAACUUCCUGGUUGUGUCUCGUAACCGACGGAGACGGGCCAAAGCCCUGUUGGACUUUGAGCGCCAUGACGACGACGAACUGGGCUUCAGGAAGAACGACAUCAUCACAAUUUUUUCCCAGAAAGAUGAGCACUGUUGGGUGGGAGAGCUCAACGGGCUGAGAGGUUGGUUUCCAGCCAAGUUCGUAGAAAUCCUCGAUGAGCGGAGCAAAGAGUACUCUCUGGCGGGUGAUGACUCGGUGACUGAGGCGGUGACAGACCUGGUCAGAGGGACGUUGUGUCCUGCCCUGAAGGCCAUCUUCCAACACGGUUUGAAGAAACCCUCCAUACUGGGAGGAGCCUGCCACCCCUGGCUCUUCAUAGAGGAGGCAGCCAGUAGAGAGGUGGAGAGGGACUUUAACUCAGUCUACUCCAGACUGGUGCUGUGUAAGACGUACAGGUUGAUACACCUGCUACCGGACCUCUGGGCCAGCCAGACUCCCCGCUCUAACCUGGCGACGCUGGGCGUCAACUUGAUGGCCAGAGCGGUCAUGAGUCUCCGCAGAGGUUUUGUGUCAGGCGUGUCCUUGGGCACAGGGCCCCCGGCCAGCCCUCAUGGCCUACCCCAGUACUGGCAGCACCGAGAGCUCACCAUCAGCUGGCUGGGCAAAUUGCAGACAUGUGCUACAGAUAGUUUUGCAGUGAAUGUUUUGUUCAUAAGCAUUUGUUUCAGUAAUGCUUCAGCGCCCUCCGUCUGUCUCUUUCAGGCGGUGCAGUCUGUAAAUAUGAGCCACGACUCUGCACACGCUCAGAUGGACGUCAAGUUCCGCUCGCUCCUCUGCGUGGGCCUCAAUGAGCAGGUGUUACACCUGUGGUUGGAGGUGUUGUGUUCCAGUAUGCCUGCAGUAGAGAAGUGGUACCAGCCCUGGUCCUUCCUACGCAGCCCAGGAUGGGUCCAGAUCAAGUGUGAGCUCAGGGUUCUCUCAAAGUUUGCCUUCAGUCUCUCUCAGGACUGUGAACUUCCUGCCAAGAAAGAGGAGAAAGAUCAGAGGCCACUGAAGGAAGGAGUCCAAGACAUGUUGGUGAAGCAUCUCUUCAGCUGGGACAUCGAUGGCUAG